AACCCCGCUCGCUCUACCCCAGCUGCUCAGUGCAAGAAAUCCACCGUUUCUUCUGCUUCCCCUGCGAUCUUAAGUCUGGCUAUAUUGUGAACUUGAGACUGUUCUGGAUUUACCUGUCAUCGGAUUGGACGCAGAAGUUGAACGCGCUGCAAGCAAAGCUAUGGCAGACUCACCAACACUGAGCGUCACGCUUCUUGGUGCAGGCCAAGAGGUGGGAAGAUCAUGCUGCGUGCUGCAGUAUAGAGGGAAAACCAUCGUCUGUGACACAGGGGUGCACCCUGCAUACAGUGGCAUGGCCUCACUACCAUUCGUGGAUGAACUUGAUUGGAGCACUGUAGAUGCGAUUUUAAUCACUCACUUCCACCUCGAUCAUGCUGCUGCUCUAACCUAUAUCAUGGAAAAGACCAACUUCAGGGAUGGCAAGGGUAAGGUGUACAUGACGCAUCCUACGAAGGCUGUGCACAAAUUCAUGAUGCAGGAUUUUGUUCGAAUGAGUUCAUCGUCUUCCGAUGCUCUAUAUACUCCUCUCGAAAUGUCCAUGUCGCUGUCGUCGAUUAUUCCGGUCUCUGCCCACCAGUUGAUAACACCUUGUCCUGGAGUUUCGUUCAUUCCUUAUCAUGCAGGCCAUGUAUUGGGUGCAUGCAUGUUUCUCAUCGAUAUAGCCGGCCUUAAGAUUUUGUACACAGGGGACUAUUCUCGCGAAGAAGACCGACAUCUUGUCAAAGCAGAAGUUCCACCUGUCCGACCGGAUGUCCUCAUUGUCGAAAGUACAUAUGGCGUUCAGAGCUUAGAGGGUCGCGAUGAUAAGGAAUUGCGCUUUACAAAUCUCAUUCACUCAAUCAUCAGGCGUGGAGGACACGUCCUUCUACCCACUUUUGCUCUCGGACGAGCUCAGGAACUUCUCCUUAUCCUCGAUGAAUAUUGGAAGAAGCACCCAGACCUGCACAACGUGCCCAUUUAUUACGCUUCUAAUCUGGCGCGUAAAUGCAUGGCUGUAUAUCAGACGUACAUACAUACAAUGAACUCGAACAUUCGCUCGCGGUUCGCGAAGCGAGACAACCCAUUUGUCUUCAAGCAUAUUUCUAAUCUUCCACAACCACGCGGUUGGGAACGAAAAAUCUCGGAGGGCCCCCCGUGUGUUGUGCUUGCAAGUCCAGGUUUUCUUCAAACUGGGCCUAGUCGUGAAUUACUCGAACUCUGGGCUCCUGACUCCCGAAAUGGACUCAUCAUCACCGGAUACUCUAUCGAAGGAACACUGGCCCGGGACAUCAUGACUGAACCGGACGAGAUCAUUGGACUGAAGGGCAACACUAUCCCGCGAAAAAUCUCAGUUGAUUAUCUUUCUUUCAGUGCGCACGUGGACUAUUCUCAGAACUCGGAAUUCAUCGAGCUAGUGAAGGCUCAACAUGUGGUUCUAGUUCACGGCGAGCAAACCGCAAUGGGCCGUCUCAAAGCGGCCAUGACUGCAAGAUUCAAGGAACGCGACGAGGACGUGAAGAUCCACACCCCUCGUAACCUUGAAACUCUCGAGCUGUCCUUCCGUGGUGAACGUGUGGCGAAGGCGAUAGGUACUCUGGCUAAUAAGACUCCUCAAGAAAACGACGUCAUAUCCGGGUUGCUUGUUUCGAAAGAUUAUUCUUACACCCUUCUCGAUCCGCGUGAUUUGAAGGACUUUGCCGGGUUGUCAACUUGUACUGUUACUCAGCGACAGAAAAUAGUCCUCGGUGUGGGCUGGGACCUUGUGAUGUGGCAUCUGGAAGGAAUGUAUGGUAGUAUUGAAGAGGGCGUAGACAAAGAUGGCGUGAAAACGAUAAGGGUUAUGGGUGCCGUCGAUGUCAAACAUACUGGAGAACAUGAACUCACGCUUGAGUGGGACUCGACCGCAAGUAACGAUAUGAUUGCCGAUUCUAUUUUAGCUCUUAUAACGGGCGUUGACAAAAGUCUCGCCUCUGUGAAAUUAACCUCUUCGCAGCAUUCACAUUCUCACCACCCUCACUCGGAUCAUCAUGAAGGUGAUCAGUCUAUCACUAGAAUCCAGCGGAUUGUAUGGUUCUUGGAAGCCCAUUUCGGUGACGUGGAGCUACACAUGCCCGAAGUAGGUGGUGAACAUGAACAUGGCGAAAACAGCGAGCCAGCGUUGAUCGUGCGGAUGGAUGACUCUGGAGAAACUGACGCACACAUUAAUUUGGUGACCUUGGUGGUGUUGUGUCCAAGUGACACAGUUCGUAAGCGCGUCGAAGCAGUAUUGGACAUGGCCAUAACGACAGUGAGCUCCCUCACGGAAUCUUUCACUACUGGGGUCAGUAUGGCCUCUGAAGACGCGGACCCGAAGCAAGAAAAAUCUAUCUCGCCAGAUGACGGCCAUGCAGGUACUGAACCCGUAGAAGAUACGAUGACUGUCGAUGAUCAAGCUGAUAUCGCUUCAUAAUUAUUGUAAUCUCGAUUCUGUUGAUUUCCGUGUCUGCUUUGUAGUGUCGAAUAUUUAUCGAUGAUGUUGUAUUGCUACUGAUCAAUAAUAUUUUGACGUGCCACCACUACUUAGGAUAUGCAGUGACCGAAGCCAACGUGGUGCUGCGAUAUGCGUUGAAUGAACAGAACAGCGCACUUAUGCAAGGUCACACGGUCAACCGCCACCGAUCAUUAAUGCGGACAUUCGAAUCCGCUGUCUUUCCUUUUCUCCGCGAUUAUGUACAUCAGAUACAGUCCACACCACACCCCCACAUCGAACUAAUCUGCUGACCUGGUGAAGACAGCAAACAGCUUGGCCAUUCAGGACUCUGCAUCAGCUGCA